CCUCGGGGGGCUGCAAGUUGGUAUCUUGCAUCCGCUCCAUCUUUUCCACCUCGACGACCGGAAGGCACGCCACGGGCUCAAAUGUGAAGGACUUGAGCGAGCCCUCGCUCAACAUGGUGGCUGGGCCCUCCCUCUCGCGAGCCGCCUGCCGCCCCGCCACAUGCCCCUCCACCAGUCCGACGACAAUCCCACGGCACCAUCAGGGUGCACUGAAGAAGCGGCCGGGAGAACGCCCCUCCACGCCGUCGGCUGUCCGCGAGUAGCGAUGUGUGAUGGAUUUGAGGUUGAUCAUCUGUCUGCCGAGGUCCCGUGCCGUCUGUGGGGUCAGCUGCUCCCAGAAGCGGCGCUGUCUUGCCUCGCUGCAGUCGAUGACCACCUCAGUGUGGUGCUGCACGACGGCGCUGCUGAGUGGGGAGGGGAGGGGAGGGGGGAGGUCCCACACGGCAUUGGCCAACGCAAAGACGGGGAUGUACACCUCGGGAUCCUGCACACACAGAUACCAUGACGGGUGAAAGGUGAAAGGAUGCCUCGUCUAUCUCCUCGAGUCUUUUCUUUGUGGAUGCUUACGAUGGGAAUGCCCCGACCAGCCAUGGAGCCGAAUCGCCUGUCAGUCAGCAGCCAUCCAGGAAACCCAAACAAAUGAGCAUCCGUGUUUGCCAUGCGGAUCCUGUGAUUACCUGGAAGGCGGCCUCGACACCAUCGGUGUAUGUCGGACUGCCGAGCGGGUCGUCGUUGGCAUUCGAAUCGGCUUCUACGCCAUCCUCACCGUCACCACCUGCAAGAAACGAUAGAGAUACCAGCUGAAACGGAUGGGCACCGCUCUCAUUUUCGUACCUUCCUGCUCCUCAACAACUGUGCUAUGCGCUAGCAUAUCUUGCGAAUCGUCUGCAUCCAUUGCUUGCUGAUAGGCACGACGCUAAUUGACGCUGCGAUUCUUCGGGACAG